CUUCCGUCAGCUCUUCAGGCGCUUCCCCACGUUGCUGAAGAUAUUAGGGAGCUGCUGAAGCCAAGAACCAUCGAUGGCGCCGUGUACAAUGAACUUGGUCGUGUUUUUCGUGUCCAUGGAACAUCUCGACCGUUUACGGUAGGCGCGAUGGAUGGAGCUGCUGUUAGGGGGAAACUCAAUAUCGUCACAUGGCUGCACUCCACGCGAACGGAAGGGUGUUCCCGUAAAACGAGCAUUGGCGCUGCGGCCAAUGGCCACUUGGUCGUGUUGAAGUGGCUUCAUGUAGCUUACGUACAGAAGUGCAACCGUGAAGAGGAGCUCGUAGCCGCUGCACAGGGCGGCCAUACGGAAGUGGUG